AUGCUUAUCCUGGGAGGCAUCUUCAUUCGUGCCCAAGCCCUUAGACCUGGGCUUACAUGGUCCUGGGGGCCUGCUCCACCACCUGCUCAGUUGGGCCCAAGCUGGAGACAUCCCAUUGCCCCCCCUGGCCUGCAGGUGAACGUGCUAGCCCUCAGCAUCUGCACACGGGAAGCCUAUCAGUCCAUGAAGGAGCAGAACGUGGAUGAUGGGCACAUCAUUAACAUCAACAGCAUGUGUGGCCACCGAGUCCCAUUCCAGUCUGAGACCCAUUUCUAUUGUGCGACCAAGUAUGCUGUCACUGCGUUGACUGAGGGACUGAGGCAAGAGCUACUGGAGGCCCAAAGCCACAUCCGGGCCACGUGCAUCUCUCCAGGCUUGGUGGAAACACAGUUUGCCUUCAAACUCCACGACAAGGACCCUGAGAAAGCAGCUGCCACCUAUGAGUGCAUAAAGUGUCUCAGACCUGAGGAUGUGGCUGAUGCUGUCAUCUAUGUCCUCAGCAGUCCCCCACAUGUCCAGAUUGGAGACAUCCAGAUGAGGCCCACGGAGCAGGUGACCUAGUGUCGUGUGGGGAGCUCCUGCUACCCAUUCCUCCUGCCUAUGGAUUUUAGGUGUUGCUUUCUGGACCCUGGAUCCCACUUUCUUUUACUACUCCCACCAAGGGCUAGAAACUUUGUUUUGUCAAAUUAUGUUCAUUGUAGAUGUGAAGACAUAGGCCAGAGAGAGGAGGCAGUCCCUGAUGGUUAACAAGUCACCUGUUGUUCUAGAUCCCCCCCUAGGACUCCUUUGUCUUUGUCUGCUCUCCUCAUUCUCUUUCCUUUGUCCUAGGAAAGGGGAUGUGGCCAAAAAGAGGGCCUUCCCCACCUAGCACUCCAAUCUCUGUUUCUCAGGGAUGGGGUGGCAGAGACCAGCCAUCUCCCCUGUGGCUUUGUAUCUGUAUGGUUAUACAGGACUCCAGGCUUCCUUCUCUUCCUGACCAGCUGCCCUUUCUCUUCCCCUUUCCCACCUCUCCAGCCCAGUCUUGGCUUCUUGCUCCCGGGGGGGUCAUCACUCCACUUUGACUAUGGCUACAGAAUACCAGGGUCUGGAUCCCAGUAGUUUUUACUGUGAUAAUUAAAAAAGAA